ACGAGGUUUACGGAAGCGGUUGCGAAACAUCUGCGGUGUGUCCGAAUCUAAACGAAUAAUUCGGCGAUCCCACAAAGGGGCCGUUGGGGCCGCUAAGCCGUGACCCCGGAAGGGAUUGUCUGAGGCGGGGAAAUUUUGAAAGAAAUGUGGCCUGAAAAUCGGGACAAAGAUUAAGAGUGAAUGUUCGUGCCGUGGGGAAAGGAGGAAAACUCCACAGAACGCGGGAUUUCUGGGCGAAGCCUCCCGCGCCGAAGCAGCGCGGAGCAGUUGAGGAAGGAAACGUUUCAAAAUGGCGGCCGAUCAGCAGAAAGGGCUGAACUUAAAAGGAAGCUUUAGAAGAAAAACAGAACUUCUCCGGACUGAAGAGCACAACUUCCUAAAGAAAAACAAAAUGUCUCCUAAACCAAAAAAGCUUUUUAACAUAAUUAUGUUAGGAGUUGCUUUUAUGUUUAUGUUUACUGCCUUCCAAACUUGUGGAAAUAUUGCGCAAACUGUUAUCACGAAUUUGAACAACACAGAUUUUCAUGGCAGUGGUUAUACCAGCAUGGCCAUUAUUUAUGGAGUGUUCUCUGCAUCAAAUCUUAUUUCACCUUCAGUUGUUGCUGUAGUAGGACCUCAAUUAUCCAUGUUUAUUAGCGGUGUAUUUUAUAGCAUAUACAUUGCAGUUUUUAUCCAGCCAUUCACGUGGUCCUUCUACACUGCUUCUGUUUUCAUUGGGAUAGCAGCUGCUGUACUUUGGACUGCACAGGGAAAUUGUCUGACAAUAAAUUCAGAUGAAAAUACCAUUGGGAGAAACAGUGGAAUCUUCUGGGCACUUUUACAGUCCAGCUUGUUUUUUGGAAAUCUUUAUAUAUACUUUGCUUGGCGUGGGAAAACACACAUAUCAGAGAGCGAUCGCAGGACUGUCUUCAUUGCUCUAACUGUCAUCAGUCUCGUGGGCACAUUUCUUUUUUUUCUGAUUAGGAAACCAGAGGAGUCAAACACACUGAAGGAAGAAGUCUCCUCCACUGAUGAAAACAUCAUAAACAACUUGUCUGACCAAAGCAAAGCAACGAAGGCAGUGGAUGCAUUUAAGAGAUCUAUUAAGUUAUACUUCACGAAAGAGAUUUUGCUCCUUAGUGUUACAACGGCUUAUACAGGUUUGGAACUAACAUUCUUUUCUGGAGUAUAUGGGACCUGUAUUGGUGCUGUGAAUAGAUUUGGCACUGAAGAGAAAAGUCUUAUUGGACUCUCUGGUAUUUUUAUCGGCAUUGGGGAAAUUGUAGGAGGAGGAUUCUUUGGCUUAGUGAACAAAGAUAACCGCUUUGGCAGGAACCCAGUUGUGAUGCUUGGCAGUGUGGUCCAUUUUAUAGCCUUUUAUUUAAUUUUUUAUAACAUACCAAAUGAUGCCCCCAUUGCUUCCUUUGAAGGAACAGAUAAUAUGGCUUAUAUGAAUCCAAGCAAAGAGGUGGCCAUUUUGUGCAGCUUUCUGUUGGGACUAGGAGAUAGCUGCUUUAACACCCAACUCCUCAGUAUUUUGGGGUUCCUUUACUCAGAGGACAGUGCACCUGCCUUUGCUGUCUUCAAAUUUGUCCAGGUAUUAUCUUGUGUUUAAGUAGCAAAAUCAGACUGUGUAUAUGAACAUGUCUUUUGGUAGUGAAUAAUUAGUAUUCUACUGAAAUAAUUCCGAAUUUUUUUUUUAGUGAGCUCAAUAAAUUUAAUACUAUCCUUCCCAGAAAAGAUGCAAACCUGUUCUGUUUUAUGUGCAAAAACUGGUUCAAGUAGUAGCAAGGUUCCCAGUUGCCAGCCCUCCUGCGACUGAACUCCUGGCUGCCUGGGCUCUGGUUCAGGAACACCAGAGAGUCCUGGUUUUGAGAGGUUCAACCCAUACCACAGGUCACUUGAAUCAUAGAAUCAUACCUGGUUGUGGUACAACCAGUUGUGCCUAGCACUUAGUGAGGGGAGCAUGGGUAUAAGAAGAAUUGAAAUGGUCAUUUUAGAUGUUUUAAAUCAUCACCCCAAAAUAUUUAUAAUUCUGCCAGUUGUGGACUAAAUUAGAAGCCCUUCAUCUAAAUGAAUGCUUUAUCCUAUUCGGAAUGGGUUGUGUUGAUUAACUAGCAGACACUGAAUCCAAGUGGAUUCCCUCUAAAAGAAGAAAGCUUUCAGGUUUUGAGUUUUCCUAGAUCAUUUUUUGUGAUCCUCAAAAAACUGAGUCAUGAAGGACUGGCAUGACUUGCCCAGAGUCACACAGUAAGUUAGAUCUGGGAACCGAGCCCAGGUGUUCUAACUGCCAGCGAUGUGUUUAAGCCAACUACAACAAGCUGCCAUGUUUGUAAGGACUUUUAUUAUUUCCAUUGAUUUGCUGAUGCACCAUUCUAUUUUGAUACCAUUAUCCAAAUAGUUAAGUAUUUACGGUGAUGAUGGGUAAUGCUAACAAUAA